CCAAAUAACAAAGCUGCAAAAUGCAUGUAACUGAAUUUCUAAAUCGCACCAAUCGUCGAAAUAGAAAUUACCAAAUAGAUUGCAAGGUGCAGCAAAGACUCAUUAAUUACGCCAAGGAUUUGGAGCAGCGUCGCUGCCAGUUGGCGCAUCAAUUGCACAGCGAGGAGCGAAUGCUGGACGUGGAGAUGGCACAACUGCUGCAAGCGAGAGUGGAUGCUGUUCAGAACGAACGCAUUGAAUGGAUUCAAAUGUCGCUCAUGAAUAGCGAGCAGGCAGAACACGAUCUAAUCAAGCUGAAGCAGCUGCAGCGUGAGAUUGAAAGUUCGGAGGAAUAUCGUCAUGCGGAAACGAAACACAUCCUUUUGGACACCAAACGGGCGCAACUCUUUCAGAUUGAGGAGCGCAAACAGCUGCGUCGCUCUCAAAAACUUACAAAAUAUUAAAAGAUAUUUAUAAUGUGUACUUGUCAAUCCAACCUCGAACUAUAUUGUCAUUCGGUUUAUUUUUAUAUAUUUGAUUUUAUUUAUAUUUGAAUACCCUGAACACAUUAAAAUUGGCUAAAAACACUAUAAUAGUUUUGUGCAAAAGUGUGUAACAGGCAGAAGAAAGCAUCUCCGGCCCCAAAAGCUAUAUAUAUAUUCCUGACCAUGUAUAACUUCGCGUAUCUCAGCAACUAUAAGAGCUUGAGACUUAAAAAUAGGAAUAUAAGUACCGUAUAUAAUUUUAUCAAUAAUUUCAACCGU